UUGGGAGCUGAGAACGCGGACAGCAUCGGUGCAGUGCUGAACAGCAAAGAUGACCAGCGGGAGAUCGCAGAGACAAGAGAAACGUGCAGGGCUGCUUAUGAUACUUCUGCACCAAAUGCAAAACGGAAAUACCCAGAUGAGGGGGAAGCUGAUGAGGAAGAGAUUGAAGAAUAUAAGGAUGAAGUAGAGCUGCAGCAAGAUGAAGAGAACCUGCCUUAUGAAGAAGAGAUUUACAAAGAUUCCAGUACCUUUCUUAAGGGUACUCAGAGCUUAAAUCCACACAACGAUUACUGCCAACACUUUGUGGAUACAGGACACAGACCCCAGAACUUCAUCAGAGAUGUUGGCUUAGCAGAUAGGUUUGAAGAAUAUCCAAAACUUAGAGAGCUCAUCAGGUUGAAGGAUGAGCUGAUAUCUAAAUCUAACACUCCUCCCAUGUACUUACAAGCAGACUUGGAAGCUUUUGAUAUUAGGGAACUGAAGUCCAAAUUUGAUGUGAUUCUCCUGGAACCACCACUGGAAGAAUACUACCGAGAGACUGGCAUUACUGCCAAUGAAAAAUGCUGGACCUGGGAUGAUAUAAUGAAAUUGGAAAUUGAAGAAAUUGCAGCCCCAAGGUCAUUUGUGUUUCUAUGGUGCGGUUCAGGCGAGGGUCUGGAUCUUGGCCGAGUGUGCCUACGCAAAUGGGGUUACAGAAGAUGUGAGGACAUUUGUUGGAUUAAAACGAAUAAGAACAAUCCAGGAAAGACCAAGACCCUGGAUCCCAAGGCUGUUUUCCAAAGAACCAAGGAGCACUGCCUUAUGGGCAUUAAAGGAACUGUGCGUCGCAGUACAGAUGGUGACUUCAUCCAUGCUAAUGUUGACAUUGACCUGAUCAUCACAGAAGAGCCUGAAAUUGGCAACAUAGAAAAACCUGUAGAGAUCUUUCAUAUUAUUGAGCAUUUCUGCCUUGGACGACGACGCCUUCAUCUUUUUGGAAGGGACAGUACAAUUCGACCAGGCUGGCUGACCGUAGGACCCACCCUCACAAACAGCAAUUUCAAUGCAGAAACGUACUCUUCAUACUUCACAGCUCCAAAUUCCCACCUGACCGGCUGCACUGAAGAGAUUGAGAGACUUCGGCCAAAGUCGCCACCACCCAAGUCCAAGUCUGACCGGGGAGGUGGUGCUCCGAGGGGAGGAGGAAGAGGUGGGACGUCAGCAGGCCGAGGAGAAAGGGGCAGAGAGAGGAACAGAACUAACUUUCGGGGUGAGAGGGGUGGCUUCAGAGGGGGACGAGGAGGUACCCAUAGAGGAGGCUUCCCCACCCGCUGAUGACUCUUAGGUAAUUGCUUCCUACCCCACUCCUAUGCCUCAUCUCUGAAUCUUUUUCUUACUCUUGUUUUUGCUAAAGUGAAUUAUUCUGGGGACUCAAGUUAGAUGACUUUUUAAAUUGUUUUUGGUGCAAGCAGUUACAGAUAGUCUGCCUUCCAGUGAGCGGCUUGGCACGUCACCUCACCUGGCAGGCAGGAUCCUGCCCCUGACAGCACCGAACUCAGCCUCCUGGCGGCUUCUGUUUGUCAAAGCAGAGAGCACCAUCUGCUCAAACUAUGGAUAGGAUUGAAGUGAAGAUACUUGCUCUUCCCUUACAAAACUUGCAAGUUGUGGGCUUUUUUUUAACUGUUAUUUUCUCCAAAACAUGGAUUUCUCUUCCUUCUUUGUAGGUCCAGGUUUGGACUGACUUGGAUUAAUAUGAUGGAAUGGGCAUGAAAUGCAGUUCUGAAUUGCAUGGCCAUAGCAGUCUUACUCUCUUAUUCAUGGAAGAAAAAGUGCUGUGUCUAUAUUGACACCUAUUUUAACUUCUUUUAAACCAAGGAGCAAAUUGAAUAAAUAGAAUUCUAUUUUUUCUUAUUUGGUUUAAAUUUCCCAAAUUAUUCCUGGGAAUAGGGAACAAGUUUAUUUUUCAUUUGUUGUGUACAUGCACUCACUUUUCAUGUCUGUAGUGCAGAGAAUGGUAAUUCUGUGCAGUCGCGUGUUGUGCUUCAUGGAAAGCAAGAAGUUGUGCGUUUAUAUGCAGUCCAGAACUUAUACAUUGCUCUGGAUUGCUUGAGUGGGGAUUUUCACCCAGUGUCUGUCUGUAACAGCCUUGUUCUUUGUAGGGAUAAGCAGUUUUAUUGCAGAGCAAUUGCAAUGUAAGCAGUAGGAAGACCUCGCUGGAGGUCGUAUUGGAAAUGUGAGGUGAUGGUGUCAGAGUGAGUGCUUCCUGAACGGUGAUCUCCUGGAUAACGAGGGCACAGUAAUUGACCUGAGUGUUUUGCUUUGCCUGUGGGCAUUCCGCGCAUGGGAAAUAGAUGGUUGGUGAUCAGCUCCAGAGUGCAGUGUGAAAGGAAGGCGGGUUCGCUUUGGUAUGUACUAUAUUUGCUUUUAGCAGAAUGAUGACUCUGAACUUCCUGGUCAGUACUUGGCAGACUGAACAAACCUGGCGGUUGAAGUCUCAGAUUCUUCAGUGUAGGUUUUUGAUCAUUGGUUUUAAGUCUCAUAAUGUUUCUCUGUUGAAGCCUAGUUUUUAAAUAACUGUCCUGUAAAGUAGUGGAUGAUUAAACUUGUU